GUCUAAUUUUUUUUAUGAGUAUUCUACUUAAUGAUAAUUACUGGUGUCCGGUAUGAACAAUAAAAACCCAUAUAAAAGAGCGUAAUGUUCAAUGGAUCUUCAGUACAACGUUGACACACUAUACAGACCUACCCAGGCUGACUGUAAGUAUGUUCGACGGAGACAACACUGAAUGUUCGGAAGUAUCAAUGGAUUCUGCAUGCAAGAAGAGGAAGGCGGAGAAAUCUGUUACACCGAUGAAGAAGGCAAAGACGACGUCAACAGCGUUCACCAACAUUCCACUUUUACAGAUUCGGACAGCCAUGGAGACAGAGAAGUUGAGUGUGGACAAUUUUGUUCACGUCACUCAACUUCUGACGGAUAUCAAACUGAAGGUGGGCACGCAAUAUCACAUUUCAGUGUGGAUAGUUUUGUUAUCGCUAUGGCACCCAGAACAUUUUGCGACAUUGAUGAACCCGAAAAAAUGGAUGACUACGAACCUGGCACGCGACGAGAGACUGGAGGAAUGCAAUAUGGAAGAUAUUCCUAUGAGGGAGAGAAUCAAGGCCAUGUUGCUCGUGGCUCUCCCUUUUAUGAGCACUUGCUUCGAAGAGUUGUCGACCGACUUUGCGACAUCGAUUUUCGAGGCAAUGACCGAUACAUCAGCGACGUUAUUGUCCCCCGUGGACCUAACGGAGUUGAUGAAGUUGCUAAAGAGUUACAAACUAUGUUGCGACAGUUCCCUCCAAAGCUCCCAGUCAUCGUCACAGCCCAUGGCGACCAUGUCCAUUGCGUCCACGUCUGCCGACAGUCAAACUCGGCUUGUCGGUGUAUAUGGUUGCAACGAUCCGUCCUCUAUCGCCAACAUGGACGACGACGCCUUCGAAGACGCGUUUGGGCGAUACGCCUCUCGUCGUCGGACUGGGAAAGCAUCGUGCGAUAUUUUUCUACAGACGGCCGGGAACCCCAACAAAUUGACGGCGUCGGUUCCUAUGGAGGAUUACGUGAUGGACGCAAUUUUAUACAAGAAGUCGGAUCUCGAAGGACUCAGGGACACGAAGGAAAUGUGGAAAUAUGCGUCAAUGAAAUGCCGAACGACGUUCCCAGAGAACUCUGUGCAUUUGCAGAACAUCAAGACGGCAAUGCGAACCACUCUCCCGUUGAUGAAGAAUUCGGACACGAUGAGGGAAGUUCCAAUAUCAAAUCAGUAUGCGUGUACCCAACGUCGCUAAAAAAUUUGCUGUACCAGUAUCCUUGUUGCCCGCCUGACGCUUUCACGAAUAUCAAAGAAUUUUAUUUAAAUAGUCGAUUAAACACUAUAUUAGAAGAAGACAAAAAAUGUAAAGUAGCUCUUAGGAAUUGGUGCGCUAUUAUACGGGACUGGAGUAUUAAUGAAUUCGUUGAAUAUUAUAAUAAACCUAACGUAAAACCGUAUUUUAACGCAUACGCUAGAGGUCCUGGAACAGUUUAUUACG